UCCCCAACCACAGCCCAGCUGCCGCGACGGUCGGAAGUGGACGGCCGGCUUGCCGAGUCAGAGCAGAGCGGAGGGCGAUGGCGUCGGGCUCCGCCGCCGGCGGUGAGAGCGACUUCUCCGUGCUCGUGCUGGGCUCCGACUUCGCGACCGACGCCGGCGCCGCGCUCCUCACCCCCGCCGACCGCGAGGAGUGGCACGACUGCCUCCCCGACCUCUCCGAGGCCGACGCCGACGCCUGCUUCUCCGACCUCGAGGAGCUCCAGGUCGUGCGCGUCCAGGGCACCGACCGGGCCGGCCGGAACAUCGUCCGCGUCGUCGGCAAGUUCUUCCCUGCGCCAGUAAUUGAUGGUGAACGUCUGAAGAAGUAUGUGUUCCACAAGCUCCAAACUGAAUUACCAGUGGGUCCAUUCUGCAUUUUGUACAUUCACAGCACUGUGCAGUCAGAUGACAACAACCCUGGGAUGUCAAUCUUGAGGACAAUUUAUGAGGACCUUCCACCUGAAUACAAGGAAAGGCUUCAAGUUUUCUACUUCUUGCAUCCUGGACUUCGCUCCAGGUUGGCCAUUGCCACUCUUGGCAGGCUAUUCUUAAGUGGAGGGUUGUAUUGGAAAAUCAAGUACAUUAGUCGACUAGAAUACCUCUGGGGAGAUAUAAGAAAAGGGGUAGUUGAAAUUCCAGAUUUUGUUGUUGAACACGAUAAGAUUCUUGAGCACCGACCAUUGACUGAUUAUGGCAUAGAACCUGAUCCACUGCAUCUUGCUGAUGUACCUGCUGUGGGAUACUCGCUUGGAAGAUAUGAAAAUAAGUGGGCUCCUGAAGAUCGAUGGUAUUCUCAAAAUUACAUGUGAACUGUUCUGUUGUAGCCAAAUGCUUAAAAGAUGAUUGUAUUUGUAUAGUAAUAGUGGACUAUGAUGUGUGAUGUCAGGUUAAUGUAAAAACCUUUGCUUAUACAGUCAUGUCUUGAACUUUUUGUAAAACUUUUGAGCAGACGCAAUAUGCUGUGAUUUUAAAA